CACUAAUAUUUUUUAAAAAAUAUAUCCGAAAAUUUCGUUUUAGGAUUAAAUAUUUAAAAGUCCAAACUAGUUUUACAUAAGAAUGUACGGUAAAACAUUUUGAGUUUUUUUUUUGUUACAGAAAAAAACAUUCUGAGUGAAAUUACAGAUAAACAGUAAACAAAGAAAGCAUUAUCAAGAAGUAACCAAACCAAUUUUUGAGUUCAACUCGGUCACAUUGUACCUAUAAAUAGACAGAAGAAGCUCCAACACUGUCAACGUACCAAACAACCGAUCUCUCACAUCUCUCUCUAAUUCUGUCCUUCAGAACACAAACUCCUAAAAACCCAAAAGAAAAUGGAAGAAGCCCUAAGAAAGUUCAGCGAGUCUACCCACUCGCUCAUCCCCGGCUACGAACUCGACCCGAAUCCCCUAACAAGAAACUUCACCAACGCAAAGUCCUCAAACCGCAAACCGACUUCAAAAGAGACAAGAGUCACCUCUCUCGGAACUGGCAACGCCACGACGAGAUACCGUGGCGUUCGUCGUAGGCCGUGGGGACGCUACGCGGCGGAGAUACGUGAUCCAACGUCGAAGGAGAGACGGUGGCUAGGAACGUUCGACACAGCGGAGCAAGCCGCUUGUGCUUACGACUGCGCAGCACGUGCGUUUCGUGGAUCUAAGGCUCGUACGAACUUUACUUACCCUGUCGCCGUUGCUGUUCCUGAGCAUAGGUUCCCUUUCUUCCCAAAGAAAUCUUUAACGUCCGCUCGUUCUCCUCAUGAGUUCUACGGUACACCGGCACCGCAGAAGAUUAACAACGACGCCUCGUAUUCUUCUCGCAAAACGGCGCCGUUUAACUCUUUCAACGGCUCUUCCUCUUCUUCUUAUUCCUACUCCCAGCCAAAAACGGCAUGCGUUUCAUCUUCCGCUAACGACUACGACACGGAGUUUUUCCCGCAAGAACCUCCCGACUCUGGUCUCUUGGAAGAGGUCGUUAAAGAGUUCCUGAAGAAAAACCGCAACCACCCUCCUCCGACGCCGCCGAUGAUCGGGCAUCUAGAGAACACUGGUGAUUUGUCUGCUCUCUCUAACGUCUCGGACAGUUUCUUUCAACAGACAACUGAGCCUAUAACGUGGACACUAGAAGGCCACGGAAACAACAAUCAAGCUGGUGGCUCCGGUUAUUUCGACGGCAUUAGCCCCGCCGCAGACAGUGAUUUUACGUACGGAUCGGAGGCGUGGGGGUAUCAAGAAAUGUUUAUGUACGGCGGUCAGCUGGGAUGUACUUGCCGCAAACCAUGUUAGAGAUAUUCAUCAUGAUAUCUAUAUUCUAUAGUUUUAAAAAGUUUCUACUUUUUUUAUUUCUAUGUUGGAUAUUAACUAAACAGUUGCUAAGUUGAAAACUUGAAAUAGCUAUAGACUUUUGAUAUGUGGUUUCUAGAUGAAGUUUAGCUUCUGUAAGUCUUUCUAAUAUUUUAGUUAUAUGAAAACUUGGAUCUUUUUCAGUCUCUACUGUAUAUAUUGGGAUAGCAUUUUUGUAAAAUACUGACACAGUAACACUGUUUACUGCUGCUUCGAGAAUAUGAAAUGACUAAAUCUUUUGUUGAUGAAAAAAACUAAUCAAUUGUAUGAGCAUAACUUAAAGAUAAAAUGUUUACAUACAACUUAUAAUAAAAUAUAAAGUUUUUAACCUUUAUAGCAACGAUAUCGCCCCUAUUUAAAAGUGAAUCUGCAUGCAUACUGAAAAUAGGCUUUUAUUCGUACAAAAGGCAGAGUUUGUCUCUGUCUGACUGUCUCCUCCAACUCAUCGUGCUCUCUCAAUCUAUCACCAUAUGAAAAGCCAAAUUACUAUUGCCCUGACUAAUAAAUAAUAAAGGAUCACGAAUUUAAACCUGGAUCUUUUUUUUCUUCUUUCAGAGUUGCGUCUGUCUGUGUGUACACGUGAAUGAAAAUGGUCCUUACAAAGAUAUAUUUUCAUUACGGAGCAUAAUAGUGUGUAUGGUGAUAUAUUUUCUUGAGAUGGCAAAAAUGACAUUCUCUUGAUUAUUGACACUAAUAAUGUAGUGCUUGUAAUUUAAUCUAAUGUCUCAUAUAACUAGACAGCUUUAGAUAUCAUUGAGGGUGUUAACUUUAUAAAUCUCAACGAAUUAAAGUGAAAGACCAUGAUUAUCGGUAAUAUUCUAAAUGGGGUCUUUAAGAAUUUUUUUUUUUUUCUAAAAAAAAAGUUAAAAAAUUAAAAAAUAAAUCAAUCGUGGGCUGCCACGUGUUGGUGGAGCCUGCAAACAGUGCAAAAACUCCUCAAAGACUGAUCCUUAUUUAGUGAUUUUGGAGACUAGUUUUUAAAAUUUUUGUGGAACCCACGAACCAGUGGAACCCAUAUUUUGUCAAAAACUUCUUUUAGAAACCUGAGAUAUUUAUGCUCUUACUAGUAUUAAACUAGUCUAUAGUAUUAUUAAAGUGUGAAGAAUUGUCUCGAAGAAAGGAGCAGAGGCUACGGUUUAGGAUAUUUAUUGAAGAACAUUUAAGUUAAUAUUCCCUCUGUUCCUGAAAGUAAGAUUUUCUAGAGUAUGCACGCUUAUUAAGAAUUUAAUAAAUGUUUAUAAUUUAAAUUACUUUUUACUUUAUUAUACACUUUCCAAUAACUUUCCACCAAUGAUAUUUAAU